GCGCAGCCCCAGUACCUGUGCUGCCGCCGCCGCGGUCAGCCGGAGCUGUGGUAGCCGGGCCCGGCGGAGCCGCCGCCAUGCACGACGCUUUUGAGCAUGUGCCGAUCCUGGAGAAGCUGCCGCUGCAGAUCGAUUGCCUGGCGGCCUGGGAGGAAUGGCUCCUUGUUGGUACCAAACAAGGGCAUCUUCUGCUUUACAGGAUCAAGAAGGACAUAGGUUGCAAUAGGUUUGAAGUGACGCUAGAGAAAUCCAACAAGAACUUCUCAAAAAAGAUUCAGCAGAUUCAUGUUGUUUCUCAGUUUAAAAUUCUGGUCAGUCUAUUAGAAAAUAACAUUUAUGUCCAUGACCUGUUGACAUUUCAACAAAUCACCACGGUUUCCAAGGCAAAAGGUGCAUCUCUCUUCACUUGUGACCUUCAGCAGUCAGAUACAGGGGAAGAGGUGCUGAGAAUGUGUGUGGCAGUGCGGAAGAAACUACAGCUUUAUUUUUGGAAGGACAGAGAGUUCCAUGAACUACAGGGGGACUUCAGUGUGCCUGAUGUACCCAAGUCCAUGGCCUGGUGUGAAAACUCAAUCUGUGUAGGCUUUAAGAGGGACUAUUACCUGAUACGGGUGGAUGGAAAAGGAUCCAUCAAAGAACUGUUUCCCACAGGGAAGCAGUUGGAACCAUUGGUAGCUCCUGUAGCAGAUGGAAAAGUUGCAGUUGGUCAAGAUGAUCUAACAGUUGUGCUCAAUGAAGAAGGGGUCUGUACUCAGAAAUGUGCCUUGAAUUGGACAGAUAUUCCUAUAGCCAUGGAACACCAACCUCCCUACAUCAUUGCUGUUUUGCCGAGGUAUGUGGAGAUCCGUACUUUUGAACCCCGGCUGCUGGUACAGAGUAUUGAGCUGCAGAGACCACGCUUCAUCACAUCUGGAGGCACAAAUAUUAUAUAUGUGGCAAGUAAUCACUUCGUUUGGCGGCUUAUUCCGGUGUCCAUAGCCACACAGAUCCAGCAGCUUCUGCAGGACAAGCAAUUUGAGUUGGCUUUGCAGUUGGCAGAAAUGAAAGAUGAUUCAGAUAGUGAGAAGCGACAACAAAUUCACCACAUAAAGAACCUCUUUGCCUUCAACCUUUUCUGCCAGAAGCGCUUUGAUGAAUCCAUGCAAGUUUUUGCCAAGCUUGGUACAGAUCCCACUCAUGUGAUGGGUCUGUAUCCUGACCUCCUGCCCACAGAUUACAGGAAACAGCUACAAUAUCCCAACCCACUGCCAGGGCUCUCUGGGGCAGAGCUGGAGAAGGCGCAUUUAGCUCUGAUAGACUACCUAACUCAAAAGAGAAGUCAGCUGGUAAAGAAGCUGAAUGAUUCUGACCAUCAGUCUAGUACCUCACCCCUCAUGGAAGGAACACCCACUAUCAAAUCCAAAAAGAAGCUUUUACAAAUCAUUGAUACCACCCUGUUAAAGUGUUACCUCCAUACAAAUGUAGCACUGGUGGCACCACUGCUACGUCUGGAAAACAAUCACUGCCAUAUUGAAGAGAGUGAGCAUGUACUAAAGAAGGCACACAAAUAUAGUGAGCUGAUAAUACUGUACGAGAAGAAAGGUCUGCAUGAGAAAGCAUUACAGGUACUGGUGGAUCAAUCAAAGAAAGCCAACUCACCUUUGAAGGGUCACGAGAGGACAGUGCAAUAUCUGCAGCAUUUGGGCACAGAGAAUUUGCACUUGGUAUUUUCCUACUCUGUCUGGGUGCUAAGAGAUUUUCCUGAAGACGGACUGAAAAUAUUUACAGAAGACCUCCCUGAAGUGGAAGCUUUGCCACGAGACAAAGUGCUCAGUUUCUUGAUAGAAAAUUUCAAAAGCUUGACUAUUCCUUAUCUGGAACACAUCAUUCAUGUCUGGGAAGAAACCGGUGCAGACUUUCAUAACUGUCUGAUCCAGCUGUACUGUGAAAAAGUGCAGGCCUUGAUGAAAGAAUAUCUAAAUUCUUUCCCUCCAGAUAAAACUCCAGUGCCUGCUGGGGAGGAAGGAGGAGACUUGGGGGAUUACCGGAAAAAGCUUCUACUUUUUCUGGAGAAGUCUAGCUGGUAUGAGCCAAGCCGGCUAAUCAGUGACUUCCCCUUUGAUGGUCUCCUAGAAGAACGUGCUCUGCUCUUGGGUCGUAUGGGGAAGCAUGAGCAAGCUCUGUUUAUUUAUGUUCAUAUUUUGAAGGACACCAACAUGGCUGAAAACUACUGCCAUAAACAUUAUGACAGAAACAAAGAUGGCAACAAAGAUGUCUACCUGUCAUUGCUCCGGAUGUACCUCUCCCCACCUAGUGUUCACUGCCUGGGACCAAUCAAGAUGGAAGUGCUAGAACCUCAAGCCAAUCUGCAGGCUGCUCUGCAGGUUUUGGAACUGCAUCACAGCAAACUGGAUACCACCAAGGCAAUAAACCUGCUCCCAGCAAAUACACAGAUAAGUGAGAUUCGAAUCUUCUUAGAGAAAGUCCUUGAAGAAAACGCUCAGAAGAAAAGAUUUAAUCAAGUACUCAAAAAUCUUCUCCAUGCAGAGUUUCUGAGGGUCCAGGAGGAGAGGAUCUUGCAUCAGCAAGUGAAGUGCAUUAUUACCGAGGAGAAGGUGUGCACUGUAUGUAAAAAGAAGAUAGGUAACAGUGCAUUUGCUCGAUACCCUAAUGCAAAAGUUGUGCAUUAUUUCUGCUCCAAAGAAGUCAACACGUUGGAUACCUGACCUUAAUUCCCAACAUUCAUAUGAAACUCAGAACUGACGACUUCAGAAGUUGAUGCCUCUUGAAAUUUUUUUUGAGGCUUGUUGCUAGGUUCUUUUACACUGGGUAGAAGUCAUUUAUAUCUGUGAACUGACUGUACCAGCUGGCAAUAUUGAUUUGGUAGAAAAUGACUUUAACCAUAGCGCUGGCAACUACAGUGAACCUCUCAGUACUCAGAUGAAGAAUAGAAACUGAUUUUUGUAGUGAGUUUUGUAUUGCACUUCAACCUUGUGGAUGAAUUGUUAGACAACUGUUGGGCAUUCAGCACAAGUCAAGUUUUACUACAAAACUUACUUCCUUAGGGUGACAAUGUUGUGAUUUGGCCUUGAAUGUAAAUAGUUCUUAAAAAAAAAGAAAUUCCUUUAAAGUCUUCACAGCUGUAUCAGUGUUGCAUGGAGAUCACAAGGAGUUUGGCAUAGAGGAGACUUCUUUGCCUAUAUCAAGACCUAGAAAAUAAAAUUUUACUUUCAUCUCAGUAAUGGGAAUGUUGAAGUGCUUGCCAAAGGAAUCUUUUUAUUGAUACUCAGUGUUGUCACCUGACCUUCUGAUAAGAAGACAUUUCACAGGAGAUAGACAGUAGGUACCACUAGUAAACAUUUUUUUUCCUUUUUACUUCAGUUCGAGAGCUGUAAAUUGAAUUAACUUGUGUGUUGUUUGCACUAAAUUUGUUUACUCUUAGCAUGAGUGGAAGCUCGGAGACUAUUCUAAGUAGGUCAUAUCUGCACUCACAACAAAAAUCAAAGAACACCAGGUAGAGCAACUUCUGAAGGGAGUGAACUAUAGUUAUUGGUUUAACUUCUAGACUACACGUGAGAUGUGUGUAUAUAAGUUCUUUGUUCUCUGGUUCACUUUCCAGCACUGAAGUAAACUCAAGACUGUUUUAACAUCUCUCUAUUAUAAAUGCUCUAGAACUGUGUUCUGCUCAGGCUGGUACUAUUCCUAAGUUAAUCUUGGGUCAGAAGUCUUAACUGCAAGAGCUAGAUUGUACCAUACUCCUUGUAGGCUGUAAUAUUUUUGUCUAACUUAUUUUUCCACAGACUUAAAUCUAUAGCAGAUUGGUAUGAGGGAUAUUAAAACGGUGCAGAAAGAAUCUGUAUAGUGAUAAUGAAAAGGCAGCAGUAGCAAAUAGUCUAAUAGAGUGACUAUUUGACUCCCAGCGUCCCUGGUCUAGCAAUACUUGUAAUUAUUAAAUAGUAUGGAGCAUGGCAUGUCACUACCAGAUACCACUUCUUAAUGAAUAAGGAGAUAAAUAAAGCCUGUCUGCCAAAAAGUGUAAUUGGAUCUCAGUUAACAUUACAGGUUUACAUACAUGAGUGGUUUCCAGGAACAGAUCUGCUGUAGGCUGGCAAGAGUCCUAAUUCAUUUUCAUUUGCCAGUGUUGAUAGUUUUCUGUGGUGUUGUUUUUUCCCUUUCCAGAUGUGUUUGUAUUUAUUGUACAUAUGCCAUGCAUUCUUGUGGAUUUCUUGGUCCAGUGUUUUGCUGCUUCUGUCCUUGGAUGUCUUGGGUGGUAUUGCUGCUGAUGUCUUUCUGCAGAGGCUGGGUAGAGGGAAUCUGUGGUAUUCAUGUUUUUAACCUUGUAUUUCUUCUAUUUGAAGAAGAGAACCUAAAAUUACUUACAUUGGAUUUGCACAUUCUGUAUAGAUCUUUAUAUAGUAGUUCAGGUACAGAGGGAAGAUGGUUUGGGAGAGUUGUGUUUACAGGUCAUUGAGAAUACAAGAAGGGUAUUUAAAAACACCCUGUAUUCUUUGCAUACAGAUAUAACAGUAUUGCUCCAUUUUUUACCUAUCUUAUGUUUAGUACUGUUAGUCUGAUUUACCUUCAUUGUCUGCUAUCAAGGGAGCUGUAUUCACAUCAGAGGAUCUUCAUUGUGCUCUUAUGUAUGCAGUUAAGGUUGUGCCUCUGUUCACUGCAUACCUUUUUCAGACAUGUGGUCUGUGCUGUAGUUUCUUUUUUGUUGGUUCUCACAACAUGGUUGGGGUUUACUAACCAUACAGCAGGUUUAUCUAAAGCAAUAGAUCAUAAUAAAUGUUGUGAACCAGUGUGCGCUUCAGUCAUUGUGCGGUUAAGCUUUUCUGGGCUGCUGUAGAUUUCUUUUUAUCUAUUAGUCCUCUAUUUCUCCUGGGAUUCAGACCCAAUGCAGGGCCUCCCAGUAUCACUCCUGCUUUAAUAUUUGUCAGUCAAAUGAGGCCAUGUCAUAUGAAGACUGUCAUCACUUCUCAACUUUGGUUUUUAAAUCUGCAAGUUUAUAGUAUGCUUGUGAAUAUUCUCAAAAUCCUACUAAAACCACUUUUGUAUUCUUGCUUUGAAUAAUGUUUUUGAAAAUCUUAUGCCAUUAAAUAUGUACUUACUGGAGAA